AUGCUGCUGCUGGGGUGCCUGUCGCCCCUGUCUCCCUUCUUAACUCUUAUAGCUCUUAUUCCAAAUCCCUGGGACUAUCCUGGCUGCGACUUGCAUGCAACAGGCCCCGGGGGCCCCCUAAUUACCUGGGUGGGGGGGGAGGACUUGGCUGGAGCGAGCUCGGGCUUUGCUGAGGAGGAGGGCAGCAGCAGCGCAGCAGCAGCAGCAGCAGCAGCAGCAGAAGAAGAAGAAGAGACGGAGGAGCUGCUGCUGCAGAAGCAAAAAGAUUGCUGCAGAAGCUACAGGCGGCUGCUGUGUGUCUCUGAGCCCCGCGGCUGCGUGCUGGUGAAAGUUUUGGCCUGCAGCAGCGGGCCUUAUUUGCUGAAUUUGUUUGAGUUUCGUCGGCUGCCGAAUCCGGAUUUGUUUGCUGUUCCUCGUGCUGCUGCUGCUGCUGCUGCUGCAGCAGACGCCGCGGACGCAGCAGGCGCCGCGGACGCAGCAGACGGGCCCGCAGCAGCAGCCCUCACGCAGCAGCAGCAGGCUGCUGCUGCUGCGCAGCAGCACGCUGCAGCAGCCACCGCCUACGUCGAGGCUGCUGCAGCAAAGCUGCCGCCUGCAGCAGGAGCAGCAGCAGCAGCAGGCGCAGCAAACGGCAACCUCAACAUACACCACAACAAGACUGCAGAGCUGCAGCAUCUGCUGCAGCCCUCGCUGCGGGAAGCCACUGCAGCAGCAGCAGCAGCAGCAGGGAAUGGAGCAGCAGCAGAUGCGCUGCAGCAGGACCAGGCUUUCCAAAGGCAGCUAGAGCUCAUCGCAGCAGACCUCAAGGCCUGCGCCCUCGACAACCAGCAGCUGCUGCGCAUGCAGCAGCAGCUGCAGCAGCAGCAGCAGCAACAGCAAAGAUCCAGCAUAGACAACCGGCCGCCGUGGAACGACCGCUUUGCUGUCAAAGGGUCGGAAAACGAUCAUAUGUACCUUUAA